CACACACACACACACAAAACGAAGACCAAGUCCAAGUCCAUUUCUCUCUCAGACCCAUUCCACACAAUCAAUAAUUCUAACCUUCUUUUCUCCUCUAAAUCCUCCCAAUAAAACUCUUCAAUGGCAGUAGCAAAUUCUCCAACAAGCUUGUGAAAAGCCAUUGUUUCAAAAAACAACAUGAAGAGCCCAUGGCUCAGGCUUUCUCUUUUAACCACCAUAACCAUAUGCUUCUUUUUUCACCCUCACAAUUCCCAUGCAGCUUUAACCUCAAUCACUUCAAACCAAUCUCUCUCCGGUGACCAAACUCUUGUCUCCAAAGAUGAAAGCUUUGAACUGGGUUUCUUCAAACCAGGUAACACCUCUAUCUACUACAUAGGCAUGUGGUACAAAAAAAGAGUCUCACAAAGAACCUAUGUUUGGGUAGCAAAUAGAGAUAACCCAGUUUCUGAUAAAAAUUCUGCCAAAUUAACAAUAUCUGAGGGGAAUCUAGUACUCUUAGAUGAAUCCCAAAAACAAGUUUGGUCAACAAAUUUAAGUCCUUCCAACUCAGAUUCUAGAGCAGCUGUGCUCUUAGAUUCUGGGAAUCUUGUAUUGAGUGAUAAGCCUAAUCCUUCAGAAUCAGAAUCUCUAUGGCAAAGUUUUGAUCAUCCCACAGAUACAUGGCUUCCUGGUGGCAAAAUUAAGCUUGACAAAAAAACUGGUAAACCUCAGUACCUAACUUCUUGGAAGAACACUCAAGAUCCUGGAACAGGAUUGUUCUCUUUGGAACUAGACCCUAAAGGAAGCAAAGCUUACUUGAUCCUUUGGAACAAAACUAAAGAAUAUUGGACUAGUGGAGCUUGGAAUGGUCAAAUUUUCAGCGGGGUGCCUGAAAUGAGGUUGAAUUAUAUCUACAAUUUCUCCUUCCAUGAUGAUGAACCUGAUGAGGCUUACUUCACUUACACGGUGUAUAACUCUUCGAUUCUUUCGCGGUUCGUGAUGGAUGUCUCCGGGCAGAUCAAGCAGUUUUCAUGGCUGGACAAUACACAGAAUUGGAACUUGUUUUGGUCUCAACCAAGGCAGCAGUGUGAGGUUUACACCUUCUGCGGCGCGUUUGGGAGCUGUACUGAGAAUUCUAUGCCUUACUGUAGUUGUUUGACAGGCUAUGAGCCAAGUAAUUCAUCUAACUGGAACUUAGAGGAUUACUCAAGUGGAUGCAAGAGAAGAGCAAAGUUCCAAUGCGAGACGGCGAAUCCUAAUGGUGGGGCAAAGGACAGGUUUACGGCGUUUCCAAACAUGGCAGUGCCUAAUAAUUCUAAAUCUUUGAGUGCAGGGAAUGCAGAGGAAUGUGCUUCAUCCUGCUUGAACCAAUGUUCUUGCACUGCUUAUGCCUUUAACACUAAAGGUUGUUCGGUUUUCAAGGGUGAUCUCUUGAAUCUUCAGCAGCUUACUCAAGGAGAUAGCAGUGGACAAACCUUGUUUUUAAGGCUUGCUGCUUCUGAAUUUCAUGAUAGUAAGAGCAACAAGGGGACAAUAAUCGGCGCGGUCGCGGGUGGUGUUGGUGCCAUUGUCGUACUCCUUGCAGCUCUUAUCUGUUUCUUGGUGAGGAGAAGGAGGCGAAUUCAAACCGGGACAACCAUGGAGGGUUCUUUGGUGGCUUUUGCAUACAGAGAUUUGCAAAAUGCGACAAAGAACUUCUCUGAGAAACUUGGAGGAGGAGGAUUUGGUUCUGUUUUCAAAGGAACACUGUCUGAUUCCAGUGUCAUAGCAGUGAAGAAGCUUGAGAGCAUCAGCCAAGGCGAGAAGCAGUUCCGGACGGAAGUUAGCACAAUUGGGACAGUCCAGCAUGUGAAUCUUGUUAGGCUCCGUGGCUUCUGCUCCGAAGGCACAAGGAAGCUUCUAGUCUAUGAUUUCAUGCCUAAUGGCUCUUUAGAUUCAAGUUUGUUUCAUGAGAAGGACUCCAAGGGGUUGGAUUGGAAAACAAGGUACCAAAUCGCACUUGGGACAGCCAGGGGACUAACUUAUCUCCACGAGAAGUGCAGAGAUUGCAUCAUACACUGCGAUGUGAAGCCGGAAAACAUACUCUUAGACGCCGAAUUUUGUCCGAAAGUGGCAGAUUUCGGCCUAGCAAAGCUUGUGGGAAGGGACUUCAGCAGAGUCCUUACAACAAUGAGAGGAACAAGGGGAUACCUUGCGCCGGAGUGGAUUUCCGGAGUGCCUAUAACGGCGAAAGCAGAUGUAUACAGCUAUGGAAUGAUGCUAUUUGAAUUGGUGUCAGGUAGGAGGAACUCCGAGCCGUCCGAAGACGGACAAGUCCGAUUCUUCCCUACAACGGCGGCCUACACGGUGAACCAAGGUGGCAAUGUUCUUGACCUAUUGGACCCAAAGUUGGAGGGAAAUGCUGAGAUUGAUGAGGUGGUUAGAGUGAUCAAAGUUGCUUCUUGGUGCGUACAAGAUGAUGAGGCUCAAAGGCCUUCCAUGGGUCAAGUUGUUCAAAUUCUUGAAGGGCUUUUGGAUGCUUCUUUUCCUCCAGUUCCAAGGUCACUACAGGCAUUUGUUGAGAACCAAGAACACAUUGUUUUCUUCACUGAUUCAAGCUCUACACAGAGUUCACAAGCCAAAAGCAAUGUCUCCACAACUUCUUCUCAAGCCAAAAGCAAUGUGUCGCAAGAUUAGGAGUACUAAGUUUAUUGGUUACAAUAGCUAUGCUUUGAUUUUGUGGUGUCAAUGUAUUAACUAUUAAGUGCUUCGGUUAGUAGUUUGUACACUGAGGAACUUUUACCCAACAUUAUGCUUGUAUAUGAAAAAAUAAUGUCACCUUAAAAGUAUUCCUGGUUA